GUGGAAUUAAAAACCAGACUUUUUCUUCAUCUGUAAUGCAACUGGCAUUGUUAUUUGUUAAUUGUAUUUUUCCCAAGUUAUCCUCGCCUGAUUCAGUAAAUAUUUUUAAAUAUCUUUAACUUCAAUUAAAUAAUUCCAUUUUGACUUCCGUUUUGAAGUCGUUCUUGAAUUGGAAAUGUAAGUUGAUUGGUUUUCCUAUCGUAUUUUUAAAAUUGCUUCACAUUUGUUAAAAAAUAAAAGAACCUUCUAAAAGUCUCGGGCAUGCAAAAUACCUUUUCCAAUGGACGGACAUUAGCUUGUUGGUGGAGUGUCACAAUUGGCCAUGCAAUCGUUUUAGCAUUCUGCAAGCAUGGCCAAUUCUAGUGCGAAAUCAAAUUAUGAUUAUAAAAAAUUGGUAGUUGAUGACCCCGAGGAUCCAUACUAUGUUCAAGUGGGAGGAAAUAAUGGGAAGGAAGCAGGAGGUCUAAAUGAAACUACACGUCUCGUCCCCUGGCACGUUAUCCGAAUUCCUUUCCGACAUUUUAUCAAAGUUGUGAUAUCCCUCCCACUAGGAGCGUUCAUUUUUUGCGUGUUCUGGGCCCUGUAUACAGAUUACGAUAGGGCUACCACAGUCCUCUGCACUCAUGACAUGAACAAACCUGUCCGAAAUUAUUUGCCUUCGCUAUCUGCUGCAAUUGGAGAUUUCCAACCGUCUCAACAAAUCUGGAAGGCGUGUAUUAUUAUCCACGCACCAGGAAGAUUUUUAUUUGCUUCCAUGUACCUGACGUACCUGAAAAAAGUGAUUGUUCCUCAAAAUGUAAAGUGGGCAAUUCUUGCCUGUUUGUUUCAUGUGAUCGAAAUUAUCGGUUUAAUCGGAUUGACCGUCGUUACAUCGAAACACAACUUAUUCGUGCAUGCAGUUAACUUUGGGCUGUUUGUGGUAUUUUCGCAGUUGUACAUGAUAAUAUUAUGCAUGCUCUUGUCAGGUUGUCGAAAAGUGGAAAUGAACAGACUGGAACAAAGAGGUUUAAUUUUAAAAAGGAUAUUAUCAAAGGUGGCCAUUAUAUGUUCGGUAUUGUUAUUUGUAACUUAUUAUAGGCACGAAUCUCGAUGUGAGGAAGGAAUGUAUACAAUUUUUGCGUUGUUGGAGUAUACAGUUGUCCUUGCUAAUAUCGGUUUCAAUGGGUCAGCUUAUUGGGACUUUUACGAUAGAAUUAUUGUCGUGGACUUUUUUCGUCCUUGUAAAAUGCCAACGUAUAAGUAUUCGUGGGACUAUUAAAAUUACUUAUUCCACUAUUGCCUUAAUUUUAGUCCUCCGUGUAUAAUGCUUGAAAGUAAAUAUUAUACUAGUGCAAAUAUGCUUAUAUAUUUUGUUAUAAUCUCUAAAUCUGUGAUACUCGAUAAUAAAUGUUAUAAACUAUUGUCGUCA